UGCGAGACAAACAAACAGUGGAAUGAUAAGUAUUAAUGUUGAACGUAGUCAGUGGCAUGUGAACAGAGAUGAAAUGGAGAGAACUUGUUGAAAAGACAGAGGAUGGAGGUGACCCUGUUGCUCUGGAUGGGUUUUGAAAGUACUACCAUGGCGGAAGUUCAAAGGUUGAGAGGUCUCCAGCUUGUUUUGGAUGGUAAAACGUGGUGGAGGCAAGAGGCGUCGCCACCCCAGCAUCACCUGAAGAACUGGAAGGUGAGCCUGUUCCCAGAUCAGCCAUGGGGACUGGGCCUCUACAGGCAACUGGCCAGACACAGGGAUCACAGACACCAUUUCCAUGUCAAAGAGCUGAUGGAACAGGAUGGAUCAGCUUUCAGUUUCCAUAUUGUGAUGCUGUGGGUGGUGGCAUCUUUGCUGACACUGGUGGAAGAUGUGUUUUCUGAGGAAGACAGUAAAGAGGCUCAGUCAGACUUCCAUCGUGUCCUCAGGCAGCCCUCCUUGUCUCCUGCUGAGGAUCUGACACAGCACAGCAUGGUCCACGAACCCUGGCCUAAAGCCCUUGUAGAGUGGUCAGUGAUGCAGGAAGAGGACAUCCAGCAGAGCAGAUGGCGUCGCUCCCCUCGGGACCCAGACUCUCCCAGAACGUCCCGGAGGAACCGCAAGAAGACCAAGAGCAGCCGCGACUGCCACCUGGAGAGGAAGGAAAUCCGGGUCCGGGACCUCGGUCUCGGCUACGACUCGGACGAAAUAGUCCUCUUCAAGUACUGUGUUGGGACGUGCCACAGCGCCCGCAAAAACUAUGACCUGGCCCUCAAAGCUCUGAUGGACAAAGGGAGCAUCUCGGACAAGAGGGUCAGCGGUCACCCCUGCUGUCGGCCUACUCGUUACGAGACCGUGUCCUUCAUGGACACCCAGACUACCUGGCGGACCAUUAGGUGGCUCUCUGCGGCCAACUGCAGCUGUGUGGGCUGACUGUAAAAAAAGAGUCUAUCUGCAUUACACAAACACAGAAAAGCUCUAAAAUGAAAUAGCAGCAUGCCGCGAGGCCUGGUCUCUGUAGGGGUUUUCUAAACCCUGGUUCAUGUGGUGUGAGGCGUGGGCCGGGCAUGGAAUCCGUAGUGCGGUGGCUCUGGCCUGUCCUACGCUGAUAGCUCGGCUGUUGUCAAUGGAGGUUCAGAUACCUUCAGAUCGACCCAUAUGCCACCGGCAGGCUGAAUGUCGGCCACCCGCCUGGUGUAGUGGAAGGUUUGAUUAAACGCUACCAGCAAUAAGCAGAGAGGAGGAAACCUCAUUCAGCAUGGGCUUACGGCAACCAUGUUGGAGGUUUUCCGGUCCUUAGAAAAGAAACUCUGAGUAGUAGCUGAUCACAUUGCUAAAGCUACAUUUACUUUGCUAAGUUUGGGUUUUUAAGCGUUUGGAGCCAAAAGCAAUCUCCGUGCACCCAAGCGUUUUUAGCUCCAGUAGAAGAACUAAUCUCUGUUAAGACUAAAGCCCAGUUCAGACCAAAGAUUUGUGACGUGUUCUGAAACCUGCCAGUUCACAACAAUGCCACGAGACGAGACGGUGUAUCCGCUCCAUAGCAACGUGCUUCCGUCCUAACUAACUACU